AAAUUAUUUUCUAAGGCGGAGUUGUUAGUGCGACGGGACGCUCGCAGAAGGCAGGGUGGAGGGGCGCGGAGGAUCGCGGAGGGCCGCCCUGCUCCCGCCCCUGCCGCGUCCAUCCCGUUCCGUCCCGUCCCGUCCCCUCCCGUGCCCGCCGAGCCCGAGCCCGACCCCACCCGGCCGCCGGCCCGCCCCUCCUUCGCGGCGCUCGCUGCCGCGCACGGGGCUCGAAAGAUGGAGGACUACGGGCGAUUCCUGGCGCUCCUGGCCUCUUCGCUGCUGGUCGGCUUCGUGUCGGUCAUCCUCUCCCUCGUCUGGGUCUUCCACUACCGCGAGGGGCUGAGCUGGGACGGCAGCCCGGCGGAAUUCAACUGGCACCCCGUCCUCAUCAUCACGGGCUUCGUCUUCAUCCAGGGCAUCGCUAUUAUUGUGUACAGAUUGCCCUGGACCUGGAAGUGCAGCAAACUCCUAAUGAAGUUCAUACAUGCUGGAUUAAAUACUAUAGCUAUGAUUCUUGCAAUCGUUUCUAUGGUAGCUGUGUUUGAUUUCCACAAUGCCAAGAACAUUCCUAACAUGUACAGUCUGCACAGCUGGAUUGGGCUGACUGCUGUUAUAUUUUAUUCUCUCCAGCUGUUCUUGGGUUUCGCUGUCUUUCUGCUCCCGUUUGCUCCGGUUCGUCUCCGCGUAGCUCUCAUGCCAAUACACGUUUAUUCAGGUCUCGCCAUCUUUGCAACAGUGAUUGCAACAGCUCUCAUGGGAAUCACAGAAAAGCUUAUAUUUGCAUUGAAAAAUCCUGCAUACAGUGCAUCCCCACCAGAAGCAACUUUGGUCAACUGCCUUGGUCUUUUGCUUGUCAUAUUUGGUUCACUUAUUUUGUGGAUGGCAAGCAGGCCCCAUUGGAAGCGGCCCCCAGCAGAGAAUGCUAAAAUUCUGAGGCCCAUUGGAGCAACUCCUGAAGGCACAGAAGUAGAAUCCACAAUGACAAACAGUAGUAAUGCAGAUAAAGCUGAUCUGAGGAGCAAUACUGAAGCAGCCAGAAAACAGAACAUCAAAUUUGAUGAAGCAGGACAAAGAUCAACUAUGUAAAGAAAAUACACAGAAUAGAAGUACCUCAAAAUUCCCCCUGGUGAGGGUCAUUCUAAUGUAGUUUUAUUGAUAUAUAAGUAGGUUAGGGGUUCAUUUUCAGUAUGGCUUGCUGAAAGAUACUCAAGUUUUCUGCAUAUGUAUUUAAAUUCCUAUAAGUCCCAAGCCUAUUUUAUUGGUCCAUGACUAGUCCAUGCCUUGUUUAAAAAAACAAGAGCAUGAAUGGGAAUAUCACAUCAUUGGAAACUGUCUUACAUAUCACUUCUUAAUUUAAUGCUUGCUUAUAUCUCUUAUAGUCAUGAAAAAUUUAACAAGAAUUCCAACUAAAUUUUGCUCUUGAGUGCUUUUGCAAGUUAUGAAUCAGCCAUGAAGUAUACCAUAGAGAAUAAUUUAGUUUGUCACACAUACAUUUCCUGGUAAUGUUCACUUUUUUAAAGCUCUGAUUUCUGUAGCUGAUUAACCCCUGACUGGCUGCUAUGUUCUAUGGGAUUUGAGGUCAUUCUGCACUUUACAGAGUUGCUUCAUAAAAAUGUUUAUUCUAAAAUUUUUAAUUAAAAAAAAGAAAAGUUUGCUAGAUAUAUUCAUAAAAUGUUAUAUUUCCUUUAGAAACUUCUGGGGGGUUUUG